AUGGCUUUCACCCCUCUUACGUCCAAACAAGUUUUGGAGUUCUUGCCUUUGAACACAUGGACCGAGGAGUACGAUGAAAAUUCUAGAAAUUGUCUAGAAAAUGUGAAGCUAAAAGAUAUAGAAAAUGGAUCAUAUAUUAAUUCUAAUUAUUUAAUGAAAUGUACAUCAACGGAAACUGAAGAAUUUAAUGAAAAACCACAAAAUAUUACUGAAAACGAGACAGUGUUAACUGACACAAGUUUACAAAAAGGCAUAUCAAAUAUUGAAUUGAUGAUUGAUACUUAUCAUGAAAAUGUGAAGUUAAAAGAGAUGGAAAAUGGAUGUUAUAUGAACUCUAAUUAUUUAAUGAAAUGUACAUCAACGCAAACUGGUAAUAGUAUUUAA